UCGAGUUGAUCUACGUGUUACAGCACAUCUCUAAUUCUACUUUUUUAAUUUCUGGACUUCGUACUCAAAGUUAAUUUGUUUUUAUUAAAUUUUGCUAAAGUUUAGUUUUACGUUAAUUUUAAGUAUUACAUAAUAAAUAUAAAAAUCAACCAUGUCCCGUGUUUUAGUCGGUGUAAAGCGAGUUAUUGACUACGCUGUAAAAAUCCGUGUGAAGCCAGACAAGUCAGGUGUGGUGACAGAUGGGGUGAAGCACUCCAUGAAUCCUUUUGAUGAGAUCGCUGUGGAGGAGGCAGUCAGGUUGAAGGAAAAAAAGAUUGCAAGUGAAGUUAUUGCAGUGUCUUGUGGACCUUCACAAGCACAAGAAACCCUAAGAACAGCUUUGGCUAUGGGUGCUGACCGAGCCAUCCAUGUGGAAGUAGCUGGCAAGGAGUAUGAAACUCUCCAACCCCUACAUGUAGCUAAAAUCCUCGCCAAACUGUCACAAGAUGAGAAAGCUGAUAUUGUUAUUGUUGGCAAGCAGGCUAUUGAUGAUGACUCCAACCAAACCGCACAGAUGACAGCAGCACUAUUAGAUUGGCCACAAGGCACAUUCGCUUCAAAGGUAGAAAAGACUGACGCGGGCUUGACGGUGACGCGUGAGAUUGACGGCGGACUGGAGGUGAUCAAGACGAAACUACCGGCCGUCCUCAGCGCAGAUCUCAGGCUCAACGAGCCCAGAUACGCCACACUACCCAACAUCAUGAAAGCUAAGAAGAAGCCUUUGAAGAAGAUGUCAGCCAAAGAUCUAGGAGUAGACCUGGCGCCAAGAAUCAAGGUGCUGUCCGUCGAAGACCCACCGGUGAGGCAGGCCGGAUCUAUUGUGCCUGAUGUGGACACGCUUGUCACCAAACUCAAGGAGGGAGGACACGUGUGAAUCAUCAAUAUUGUACAAACUGUAUACAGAAUUAUGAUGGUAGUAAAAUGUGCAUAUUGUUAAAAUAAAUUUAAAUCAAAUCGAGUUUAAA